AUGUCGGACAAUUCAAGCAACCCUCAAGAAGAACCAGAAGACGAUACCGCACAAGAACCAGAGGAAGACAACGACGAUGAUUACUGUACCGCCUGUCUGGAUUUCUUGGUGGAGCGUAAGAACCCACCAUCGUGUACCCACGGAUACUGUAUCCGUUGUUUCUACUUGUUGAUCUCCCGAAGAGACAACUGCCUCAUCUGCAACUGCGCCGUGUAUGACAUCGACCGCGUUUUCAAGGACUUGCGGAGCCAAGUAAAUAUUGAAGCUAAUAAGACACCAUAUAAUCGUAAUGGCGGGCAAUAA